AUGGCCUCAGAAACUAUCGAGACAGCCUUCCAAACCGCCAUCACCUCGGGGAAGGUCAAAGGCGGCGUCAUCUGCGCCACCAACGCGUCAGGCUCGUUCACAUACAAUGCCGCCCUCGGCGAGCGCACCCUCCUUUCAGGAGAAAAGCGCCCGCAGCAGCUCGACGACAUGCUCUACCUCGCAUCGGCCACCAAACUGAUCGCCAGCAUCGCCGCGAUGCAGUGUGUCGAAGACGGGCUCCUCUCCCUCGACGGCGACCUCUCCAAGCUCGCGCCGGAACUCGCCAGCCUGCCCGUCCUCGCGAGCGACGACGAGGGCGCCCAGCCGGUACCCGCGCAGCGGCCCGUCACGCUCGCGAUGCUGCUCACGCACACCUCCGGGCUGAGCUACGACUUCUUGGUGCCGCGGCUGGUGCGGUGGAGGCAGCGCAACGAGACGGAGCCGGCGGCGGGCGCGCGCCGGCCCGUCGAGGAGGCCUUUGCUUACCCGCUAGCCUUCCAGCCGGGUACCGCGUGGAUGUACGGGCCCGGGCUGGACUGGGCCGGUCGUAUUGUGGAGCGCGUUACCGGCGUCUCGCUGGGUGACCAUGUGCGUCGCCGCAUCGCCGCGCCGUUGGGGAUCGCGCCGGAUGAUGCGCAGUUCUACCCCGUGAGGGGGGACGGUGUGCGUGCGCGUCUGGUGGAUUUAAACCCGGAGGAUCCGGAGGGGGUGGGGCGCGCUGUGUUGGGUGGUGGAGGAGAUAUGAACAGGCGCAGCCAGGGGGACUUUGGCGGUCAUGGCAUGUCUAUGACCGGGGAGGGCUAUGUCAAGGUGUUGCGGUCUCUGUUGGCCAAUGAUGGGAAGCUACUGCAGCCGAAGACGGUGGAGGAUAUGUUCCAAAACCACAUCGGCCCUGACGCAGUUGAGGGGCAUCGUGCUGCUAUGCAGGGUCCGACUGGGGUUUUUUUCCGGGUGGGAACGGACGCAGGGACGAAACUCGGUCAUGGUCUCGGCGGCCUGCUGAUGCUGGAGGAUCUUGAGGGCUGGUACGGCGAAAAGACCAUGUCAUGGGGCGGCGGCAUGUCUUUUGCUUGGUUCAUUGAUCGCAAGAAUGACCUCUGCGGACUUGGUGCCGUUCAGCCGUCGCUUCCCCUCGCUGGCGAGACGGUGGAGGGCUUGAAGCAGACUUUCCGCCAUGAUAUUUACCGCAAGUACGCCGAAAUCACUGCCUUGGUUCAAGACCUCGAGUCAGUGGGCUUUCAGACAGAGCUGCGAGCCGGCCAUGACGACACUCUUCUAGCCUUUGUCAAGGCUCCCCGUAAGAUUCUGGGAAGCUACGUCUACAAUUCUCGACUCAAGGACUGGCUGUAUGGAAUCGUCCAGACCCAUCCUGGUGGGGCGAAGAAUGCUGUUGUCGACGGCGCAUUCGAAGCCGAGGACAUCCUUUCCGUUUACCAUUUGGUGAACUGGCCCAAGUCCAAUGGCGGAGCGGGAAUCACCCCUGGCUGGGGCCAGUGGGAGAACAUCGACAGCAUCUUCCCUCUGCACGACGAACCCACCAACGUGUCCCUUUUGAAACACUUGAGCAGUCGGUUCUUCCUGACCAACAGUGACCUCGAUCAGAUCCGGAACCUGUUCGGAACGAAGUAUUGGAAGAUCCAGCAGAUCGACCUCAGCAUCAGAUGGGACGUCAAGGGCGUCGGUACCGUCAAAGUGAACCGCCCUCAGUUCCGAUGGGAGAGAAUAGUCGUGGACAGCACAGGCCGAAAGAGGCACUACGUUUCGAAACGAAAGCAAGUUUUGCGUCAGCUCCUACAGAUUCCAGUCAUGGCCGCAGCAACUCUCGUUCUGGGCAUAAUCAUACUCGGCGUCUUUGCUCUCGAGACGCUAGUGUCUGAAGGCUACGACGGCCCUUACAAGAACAUCAUUAUCAACGGUCACCUCGAGUCCAUUGCCACCCUGAUUACAGACUUUGAGAACCACCGGACGGAGGACAAUUACGACAUGUCACGCACGCAAAAGUUCUUCUUUCUACAGAUAAUCACGAACUACCUCCCGAUCUUCAUCACCGCCUUUCUCUAUGUUCCGUUCGGCGACCGGCUCAUCCCUCAGCUCGAGUCUCUUGCUAGGAAACUUGCCGGGUCCUACGUGUCGAAGCACCUGGGACAUGUACACAAUCAUCACAUUGACGGAGACAGACUACGCACCGAGAUCAUUGCCCUGACGGUUUCUGGCCAACUGUCGUCGUUCUUCGAGGAAAACUUGCUGCCGGUUCUUAAGCGCAAAUUCUUUGAAUGGUACCGCAACUUUCGUACCACCGAGGCCGAAUCCUCCGACUUCUCCUCGAUUGCCAACGAUGACCCAAACGAAACGGAAAUCCUCGAAAGUGCACGGAGGCAAGCAACUUUAGAACCGUAUAACGUCCAAGACGACAUUGCUGAGAUUGCCCUCCAGUUCGGGACUUUAGCCCUCUUCUCUCCCGUCUGGCCCCUGAUCUCAAUCGGCUUUUUCCUCAACAACAUCAUCGAAUUGCGAACCGACUUCUUCAAAUUGACUCAAGGGCAUCAACGUCCCGCCCCUGUUCGAACGGACGGCAUCGGUCCAUGGAUUGCCUCGCUCGACUUCCUCGCAUGGGCCGGCAGCAUUUCGACUGGUGCUAUCGUCCACCUCUACAGUUCCAAAACCAUAGCCGGCGGGGCGUGGUGGGCUCUCCCCAUCACCAUCUUCGUGAGCGAGCACAUCUUCCUCGGCCUGCGUGCCAUGGUGCGCUUCGUCCUCGACCGGAUCGGCUCCGAGCACAUUCGCAAGCAGAGGAAUGCGCAGUACCUCUCGCGGGUCAAGCACUUGGAGGAGAUCGAGGCUAACCGAAAGGCCAACCUCAUGGUGACACCCGCCGAGAGGGAACGCGGGAGGUCGAUACGGGCGACAAGCAGCGAUGCCUUCUUUGCGAAACAGGUUGAAGAAGGCCCCACCCCAGCCCUGCGCAUAUACACGGCCCUCAGCCUCGGCAACAGCACCACAUCCCCCACACAAUACUGCACCGUCUUUUUCUCCAGCGGCCGCGCCGCAAACACAUCCCCAUCCCCCGCCAACCCCGCCUUGACCGCCCUCUUGACGGCCAACCACUCCUCGGCAUCACACUCCCCGACACACCCUUCUCGGCUCAGUAGCAAGACCAGCAGCAGCGGCAGCAGCAGCAGCAGAAAGACUCGGCACGAGAUCCGCCUCGACGCAGCGCGCCAGCCCCCUGACAAAGCGCCCGCGCCGCCACACCGGCCGCGUCAGGAACUCGAGCAGCUGCAGGUCAAAGACCCCCGCCAGGCGCACGCCGUGCAGCCACCACAGGGCGUCGGCGUCGGCGCGGGCGUCCCAGAGGCACUUCUCGAUGGAGGCGUCUUCGAGGAUGGUUUUGAGGGUUCGCUGUUGUUCUUGUUGUUGUUGGUGUUCGUGAUGGUGGCGGUCGUGGAGUUGGGAGGUUGA